AUGGCAUCUCCUUCGCUUUCGGAGCUGGAGCAGCGCAAUCGCCUGCCGACUCUGUUUGAAGUUCUCAGUCGGCGAACGCUCGCUCCCGUCGAUCUCUUUUCCUUCUACAUUUACAUGCGCGACCAGCAGCGAUCAGUGGAUUAUCUAGAUUUCUGGCUGGAUGUCUCACAGCAUAUGUCCCUCUGCCGCCACUAUGUUCGUGAGCUGCGCCGAUCCGUUCUCGUCGCGACGCCUGAUCUGGAAAAGGCCGACAGCAAAGGCUCUUCCGCUGCCUUAGACAACAUCGAGCAUCUCAAUGAUAUCCCUCUAGUCGAAGCGGGACCCUCGGGGUCGCGCCAUGUCCUCUACGAAUUAGAAGACCGCGACGCAAAUCAACGUCUGUCGGCGUUCCUCCGCUCGGACGGCCAUACUUCGGGACACUCGCCGCAGAGCAGCUUGGGAUCACAGAACGCUGCCCGCAUGGCGUCGAACGAGCAGCCCCCGCAAGAUAGCUCCGGGACUCGAAACGACUCGCCGUCGCCCGGGCACACUGUGGCACGGGCGGAUAUCCGCGCAAGCGCAGAGAAGAUUCUGUACACAUACCUGCUUCCCGGGGCCGAGCGAGAAAUUGUUCUCCCGGAAGAGAUGGUGACGACGAUUAUCGAUCAUGUCGAAGACCACGGCCGGGAUGACCCCGAGGUGUUCGACCCGGCUAAGGACUAUGUCUUCCAGGCGAUGGAACGCGAUGCAUUCCCCGGGUUCCUGCAGGCCAAGGCGCUGGGAAACCUAGUACCUCUGUCCAUCAUCGCCCGUCUGGCGUUUGCGCUGAUCAGCUUUGGUGGAGGCUUCUGGGGUGCCUUUUACGUCGUGCUUCGCGACAAGCCCCGACAUAUACGGUGCUGGCUGAUAUUGCCUUUUGCCGUUGCGUCUUACUUCCUCGUUUCGUACCAGUACAAACUUGACCCGGUCAUGGCGUUCUUGGGCUACAGCGAAUACACGUUUAUGACCUGGUCUCCGAUCCGCGAACCAUAUGUGCGGAAGCUCCUGAACAAGCGCGCCACGGCGACGGCUCUGAUCGCCUUCUUUGUGGCCACCGCGCUGAGCAUUCUCUUCAUCUUCGUCCCCGGCACCAUGCUCUAG